CCCAGAAACGGCCCAAUCGCUUCUGGUCCCUGCUUCGCUGGCCCGCCCAUUUCUCCAACGUUUCGGUGGCUUAAUCGGUCGCCGGGGCAGGUGGUUACCAAUAAAGUUUUACUGUUUCAAAGCCGGGCGGACUGGGCCCAUUUUCCGUCCCCUUGCUCGCUGCCCGCAGUUCGCCUCGGCUACAGGUAACCAGCUUUAGGGCCUCAUGGCCGCGGGCUGCCGCGGCCGGGCGGGGAUGAGGCCGCCUUUCGCUGCCCGCGCGCUCCCGUGGCUCUUGGGUCCGUUGGCGUCCGUCUCAGCUUGAGCGCAGUCCCUCCGCUCCCGCGGGCCGCUUCGCGCCGGACCCCAUGGCCUCUGAGGAGCCGCCGCCUUCGUUGUCGCCGUCGCCACCUCCCUCCCCCGAGCCUGAGCUGGCCCAGCUGAGGCGGAAGGUGGAAAAGUUGGAACGCGAGCUGCGGAGCUGCAAGCGGCAAGUGCGGGAGAUCGAGAAGCUGCUGCAUCACACAGAGCGGCUGUACCAGAGCGCCGAGAGCAACAACCAGGAGCUCCGCACCCAGGUAGAAGAGCUCAGUAAAAUACUCCAUUGUGGGAGAAAUGAAGAUAAUAAAAAGUCUGAUGUAGAAGUACAAACAGAGAACCACCCUCCUUGGUCAAUCUCAGAUUAUUAUUAUCAGACAUACUAUAAUGAUGUUAAUCUUCCAAAUAAAGCAUCUGAACUCCCAGUUCAGGAAGAUCAGGAUAUCAAAGCUUCUACUUUUAAUUCUAAAGACCAGUCACACAUAGAAAAUGAUGCUUAUGCUGGUACUGAUACAACAGAAAAUGUUAAUUGUGGACAGGACCAUUUUGCCUCAAAUUCACAGGAGCCAGCAUCUGUGUUAGCAACAGAAGAUACAUCCUUAGAAGGUUCAUCACUAGCUGAAAGUUUGAGAGCUGCAGCAGAAGCUGCUGUAUCACAGACUGGAUUUAGUUAUGAUGAGAAUACUGGAUUGUAUUUUGAUCACAGCACUGGAUUCUAUUAUGAUUCUGAAAAUCAACUAUAUUAUGAUCCUUCCACUGGAAUUUAUUACUACUGUGAUGUGGAAAGUGGUCGAUAUCAAUUUCAUUCUCGAGUAGAUUUGCAACCUUAUCAGACUUCUGGCACAAAACAAAGUAAAGAUAAAAAAUUGAAGAAGAAAAGAAAGGAUCUUGAUUCUUCUACAACAAAUGAGGAAAAGAAUUUGAAUUCAGAAGAUCAAAAAACAUCAAGUAUUGAACAUAUAAGCUGCAGUGAGGGAGAAGAUUUUGCAAAUGUGAAAAAGAAGGCCAAAAUAGACAUUCAUUACAAAAAGAGUCCCCCCAAAUACACUGUUCCAGUUAGCGCAAAGACUGUAGAAUCUCCUCUUAAUGAAAACAUUUAUAAUUCGGCUUCAUUUAAAGAUGAGAAAAUCAUAGAGACUGAUAGUGAGCCCGAAGAAGGUGAAAUUACAGAUUCUCAGACCGAGGACAGUUAUGAUGAAGACAUUACCAGUGAAGACAAUGUAACUGCAGAAGAUACUGAAGAUGAAGAUGAAGAAAAAAUUUGGCCCCCAUGUAUUAGAGUAAUUGUAAUUAGAUCACCUGUGUUGCAGACAGGAUCACUUUUUAUCAUUACAGCUGUAAAUCCUGCUACAAUUGGAAGAGAAAAAGAUAUGGAGCAUACUCUCCGAAUCCCUGAAGUUGGUGUCAGUAAGUUUCAUGCAGAAAUUUAUUUUGACCACGACUUACAAAGUUAUGUCCUUGUGGAUCAAGGCAGUCAAAAUGGUACAAUUGUUAAUGGAAAACAGAUUCUUCAACCCAAAACUAAAUGUGACCCUUACGUACUUGAGCAUGGAGAUGAAGUGAAAAUUGGAGAGACUGUGUUGUCCUUUCACAUUCACCCUGGCAGUGAUACCUGUGAUGGCUGUGAACCAGGGCAGGUUAGAGCUCACCUUCGUCUUGAUAAGAAAGAUGAACCUUUUGUUGGUCCAACUCUAAGUAAGGAGGAAAAAGAGUUGGAAAGGAGAAAAGAAUUAAAGAAAAUACGAGUAAAAUAUGGUUUGCAGAAUACAGACUACGAAGAUGAAAAGGCUUUGAAGAAUCCAAAAUAUAAAGAUAGAGCUGGAAAACGCAGGGAGCAGAUCGGAAGUGAAGGAACUUUCCAAAGAGAUGAUGCUCCUGCAUCUGUUCAUUCUGAAAUUACUGAUAGCAAUAAAGGUCGGAAGAUGUUGGAAAAGAUGGGUUGGAAAAAAGGAGAGGGCCUAGGGAAGGACGGUGGAGGAAUGAAAACUCCGAUCCAGCUUCAACUUCGGCGAACACAUGCAGGCUUGGGGACAGGCAAGCCAUCUUCAGUUGAAGAUCUUCACCUUCUCCAAAACAAGAGCAAAAAGAACUGGGAGAAAGCACGAGAGAGGUUUGCUGAAAACUUCCCCGAAACUAAAUCUCAAAAAGAUGCACCAGGGACUGUGCCUUGGGUCAAAGGGACUGUAGAGUGAAGGUCAGUCAUAGAACACAAAAGCUUUUUUAUAGAAUUUGGAAACUCUUGUUUAAUUGCAGAAAUUUUCUCUCCAAAAGAGUCAGUGGCAUGAGGGAGCCGUGUCACAGUUUACCCCCUCUUGAUUCAGAAAUGUGUAAUAAAGUGUGGUUUGCAGUUUUUAAAAAACAUUUUUAAAAGCUAAUAAAUAGUGACUGAAUCAAGUUAUGCUGUGAGUGGACUAAAGUUCACAGGGCACAGAUGAGCUUAUCAAGCUUUGUUACUUUAUUUUGUCAUUUGCAAGACCCAUAUAAGCAACUAGCCAUAUAAGCAAAAUUCAUGUAACCACUAACUUAAAUGUACAUUUGUCCUUGUCUCCUUAUAUUCAUUAUUGUACGAUGCAUAACAAAAGAAACAUCGAAAGUUUAUAAAAACAAUUCUGACUAUAUACAUCCUUGUUUAUGCCCUUUAGGACCUAGGUAGAAAAUGUUGAGAAAACAUGGGUAGUGGUGUAUAAAUGUUAUUAUAUUUGAAAUAACCCAAGUAAUAUUAUUGAAGAACUAAUGAACAGCUGACAUGUUGUAGAAAAUCAGUCUCAUUGUUUUCUUCUGUGAAGAAUCUGUUGAUUUGUACUAUAUAUUAAGCAUUUACCUUUGGUUUGUUUCAUAGCUGAAAUAUUUAGAUAUGAACAAUUGAGUACAGUAUUGAAAUAUUCAGUGUGCUGGCAUUUGUAGUUUUGAUAAAUCCCAUUGCUGGCAAUGGAGUUGUGCCAGAAAAAUCUGAUUUCUACUGCAAAAGGGUUACCUAGCCAAGGCCUCAAACUCAAGAUACUUAUUGAAAACGUCUUCAAAUGCAAUAAAAAACAUUAUAACAUCAAAAAGAA